CACAAAGAUAAAAUAUUUGUGGUAAAGUGUAACCCACACCAUGUUGACAAACUGGUUACAGUUGGAACAAAGCACAUCAAAUUCUGGCAACAAGCAGGUGGGGGUUUCACAUCUAAAAGAGGAAUUUUUGGAAGUGUUGGAAAAUUGGAAACAAUGAUGUGUGUUUCUUAUGGGCGAAUGGAAGAUUUCGUGUUCUCAGGAGCAGCUACAGGAGAUAUUUUUAUUUGGAAAGACAUUUUGCUACUGAAGACAGUGAAAGCUCAUGAUGGGCCUGUGUUUGCUAUGUAUGCAUUGGAUAAGGGUUUUGUAACAGGUGGAAAGGAUGGAAUCGUGGAGCUCUGGGAUGAUAUGUUUGAAAGGUGCUUGAAGACAUAUGCCAUUAAAAGAGCAGCAUUGUCAACUAGCUCAAAAGGCUUGCUUUUGGAAGAUAACCCUUCAAUUCGUGCCAUCACUUUGGGACAUGGACAUAUCCUGGUGGGAACAAAAAAUGGAGAGAUCCUGGAAAUUGACAAAAGUGGCCCAAUGACACUGCUUGUUCAGGGGCACAUGGAGGGAGAAGUGUGGGGGCUGGCAGCGCACCCUCUCCUGCCCAUCUGUGCAACAGUGAGCGAUGAUAAAACACUUCGGAUCUGGGAAUUAUCCUCCCAGCACCGUAUGCUGGCAGUACGGAAACUCAAAAAAGGUGGGAGAUGCUGUGCCUUUUCCCCUGACGGGAAAGCCUUAGCAGUGGGUUUGAAUGAUGGCAGUUUCCUGGUGGUAAAUGCUGAUACUGUUGAAGACAUGGUCUCCUUCCACCAUAGAAAAGAAAUGAUUUCUGAUAUUAAAUUUUCAAAAGAUACAGGAAAAUACCUUGCUGUGGCAUCCCAUGAUAACUUUGUGGACAUUUACAAUGUACUUACAAGCAAAAGGGUUGGCAUCUGUAAAGGUGCUUCUAGUUACAUUACACAUAUCGACUGGGACUCUCGAGUCCUAGGUAUCUAAGAGACUAAGUUAGCCUGCAGGUG